UUGGGUUCGCAUGCAUAGCAUCUCAUCACAAACUAGUACACUCGCAGUUGACCAGAGCAAAGAGACAUAUAAACAUGGCGUCGUCCAAGCGACUCCUCGUGUUGGUUCUCCUGCUCGCCGCCGUUUUCCUUGUCGCCUCAGCAGCUAACGAGCAAACCCAGCACGAGAACAACAACAAAGCUGACGUGCAGGACUACCGUGGCGGCGGCUACCCGUACGGCGGCUACCCCGGCGGCGGCUGGCGCGGUGGGGGUGGCUACCCCGGCGGCCGUGGCGGCUACCCGGGAGGGGGCGGCGGCCACGGCGGCUACUGCCGGUGGGGAUGCUGCGGCCGCGGGUACUACGGCGGCUGCCGGUGCUGCUCGCGCGCCGACGAGAUCCCGGAGCCCAUGUACCGCCCGGAGUUCACCGAGGUCCACAACUGAAGAAGCUACAUAUAUACAUGCCGAUCAAGAUGCACAUGGACUCGUAUCGUAGCUAAUAAUAAGUACUACUACACGUCCAUGUCCAUAUAUAGGGCCUACUACUCUACUACGUCGUCGCCAGCAGAAAUCUGGUUUUGAUUUGAAUAAUAAAGAUUCAGAUGCAUCUAUGUGAUAUGUAGUAUGUUGUUACGUCGUCAAUAGUGUGGUGACUGGAAUCACUAGCUAUUGUCGUCGUGUUGUUUCUUGGUGUUGUACUUUCUUAUUUGGACCAAAUGGUGUGUUUAAUGUGUAAUGCUGUGUUUAAUGUGUAAUGCAUGCCAUGGAAUAAAGAAAUUAGAGGACAUUAUAUGUAUUAAUA